AUCUUCACUUACUACAUCCUGGAUAUCUGAACUUUGACCGAUUUGCAUAGAUCCACAUUCCACAACAUCGCUAGCGCCGAGCAGAACGAUGCUGGCGCAUUCAGAGCCUCUCCAAAACAAAAAGGUCAGGUUCAGAUCAUGCAGCGACCAAUCUGCGGCCAUCGACUCCAGUCUUAGUCCGAGACAGCUGAAGCUCUCUCAUCAUCCAUGAUUGGUAUAAUGAGUAUUGGCGCUUGUCAUGCUACCUUCCCGCCUGUCACUCCGUCUGUUAUCUCACUCAACCAUCGAUUACUCCACUCUUCGGCUACCUAGUUUUCGAUCAUUAUGGCAAAGUACUAUGACGAGAUUCCAUUGAAACUUAUCGAAUGGAUCUUGAAGCAACAGAUGUUUUGGGUGGCUACGGCUGCGCUGCAGGGGGAUGGGCAUGUCAAUGUCUCUCCCAAGGGCACUGCGAAUUGUUUUCAUGUCGAGAGUCCUACCAGAGUUUGGUAUGAGGAUCUUACGGGCAGCGGUAUCGAGACGGUUUCGCACAUGCGCCAGCCCGGAAACGGUCGUAUCACAAUCCUAUUCAACGCGUUUGAAGGACCCCCGAGAAUCCUCCGUUUGUGGGGAAAAGGCACCGUAUACGAAUUCGGAACGCCAGAAUACGACAACUUCAUCCCACCGACCAACCGCAAAGCCGGUUCGCGCGCCAUCAUCGUCAUCGAUGUACACAAAGUUGGAACGUCCUGCGGCUUCGGUGUGCCAUUGUACAAAUACGAGACCCAGCGCACGAUACUCGAGCGUUGGUGUGACACGAUGGAAAAUUUUGAUCGUGAUGACGAAGCUCGCCAAGCCCCUCCCCCAUAUGAAUCCUCGGCCGCCGCAAAAGACCCCCGUGGGAUCAAAGCUUGGUGGACUGCUGAGAAUCUCGAGAGUUUCGACGGCCUUCCGGCCCUACAAUCCGCACAUGACAGCAGUAUCCCGCCCAUCAAUGCAUUCGACAAAAAGGCCCCACAUCCUACUCUUGGUCAGAUUAGAUCUGCCGCAGAGAAAAAGGUUGCGGAGAGUGGUGUCAACGCCAAGUUGAGUUCGAGGGAGUCAAUGAGACUGUUAAUGGCUUUUGGAGUGGGGGUUAUGGUGACGGCGGGUUAUGUGAAGUUCGUUGCUUCACGUGUCCCGGUAUCUUGGAAAGCCUGACGUCGAAAUGGCCUCACGCGGAGUAGUUCCUCAAAAUAGUCAGGGACGUUCUUAAACUUGUUUUACUGCGAGAGUUCACCUCGGAAACCAACGAGGGAAAACAGGAGUUCCAAAAGCACUUGGCCAUGCUUUGCGAAUUUGACUAUAUCCAAGAAAACAUAAUAAAUAGAUUUCACUGUGGGAUGGCGAGUGAGCAUGGAAUAUAGACGAAUGUCAUAGAACAUCA